GGACAGUUUCCCCAGGCAGCGAAUAUGAUAAAGCUGGAAUGGAACGAUGAAUUGGCUGCGAUAGCUCAGGCACACGCUGAAUUGUGCAAUUACGCGCACGACAAUGUCAAGGAAAGAUUCACAACACAGUUCAAGUUGACUGGGCAGAAUUUAGCCACACGUUCGAGUACCAGAGCCAACGACACGUCUGAUUGGCCCGCUGUAAUCAAGAAGUGGUUUAGGGAGUACAAAUACGCACCAGUUAGCGUUAUUCGAUCUUUUCUUCCGACGCAAGGACGUCCCAUCGGACACUUUACUCAGGUGGUUUGGGCCAAGACUCGUUUCGUGGGCUGUGGCUAUAAUAGCUAUAGGGCCAACGCAGGAUCUACCUUACCUUACAAGAAGCUGUACACCUGCAACUACGCAAAAAUGUGAGGCUAUUUCCUUGGAACUAGACUUACAGAUUUGUACAACAAGACAGCGUGAAAAAAAGUCUCUAAGGAGGUGAUACACAGUGAAACCUAUACAGAUCAACAGAGGGAGGAGUCGGUUACAUGAUGGAUGUUACCCCUAAGUUCGCGAAUGCAUCGCAACUGUCGCCGCUGGCGAGCGACACUUAACUUUCUUCCUAUCUAUGAGCCGAGCAACGUGAGACGCAGAAAGACCUUCAGAAUCGCCAUCGCUAUACCCGCAAAUCAUAUAUACUU